UUCCCUUCCCACAUACAGCCGUUGAAGUGUCUGGGAAGAACUUAAAAUUAUUGCAAAUCCAUCCUAAAGUUAAAUUAUUCAUGUUCGAAGAUCAACUUAAAUCUUUUAAUAACCAAACUGCAGAUGUCUGGUGACUACAGUCAGACAUUUUCCUUUUUACCCUGCUACCAACGCUACAGCCACCGCCACAUAAAAUUUAUAUUUGUGGAAACUUUAAAUUGAAAACAAACUCUAUGCACAUCAAUUGUGUACAGUUUUUGUUUAUUUAAUGUCAGCAAAGCAACCGCUCGGCAUUUUAGAGACAUUUUUAUAGCCGCCAAGACACCAUUUGCAGUGCACAAACGAGCUUUCAAAUGUCCAAUAGUGGGGGUGUCGCCAGCGUCGGCGUCUCAUCUGGGGAUUGGAUAUGUUCAGAUAACGAAUGUCGCCAUCUGAAUUUUGCUCGUCGCCUGCAGUGCAAUAAAUGCAAUCGCGAGCGCGCCGACGGCGAUAAACCAGAACGAGAGCGUGGAAAUGAAUGUGGAAGCACCAGCGGCGGCAGCUCUAGCAAAAAGAAGUUGGGCACAGAAAUUGGAAAACUAGCGGCAGACAAGUCACGUGGUCUGUUUAGCGCCGAGGAUUGGCAGUGCAGCAAAUGUGCCAAUGUGAACUGGGCGCGUCGACAGACCUGUAAUAUGUGCAAUGCGCCCAAAUUUACAGAUGUGGAGGAGCGUACAGGCUUUGGCGGCGGCUACAAUGAUCGUGGCGUGGUAGAGUAUAAGGAGCGUCAAGACUCUGAUAGCGAAUACGACGAGUUUGGCCGGCGAAAGAAACGUAAAAGUCACGAGAAAAACAGCGAUGAUGAUUGCAAGCGUCAGCGACGCACCAAUAUUGAACCUGAUGAAGAUGAAGAUGAUGACGAUGGUGACGGUGAUUUAUCCAAAUAUGACCUAUGGGGCGAUAGCGAAGCAAUCUCCUGUAAUCCAUCGACAAAGCCAAUGGACAAUGGCAGCGGGGAUAGCAGCAAAAGAGACUCGCGUGACUCUACGUCAUCUGUUUCAUCGUCCAGUUCAUCCAGCUCGUCCAGUUCCAGUGACACAUCGUCCAGCAGCACAACCAGCAGCUCCAGCAGCCGCAGCAAUAGCUCGCAUCAUAAGCGUGGAAGACAAUGUACGCCCACACGCUCGCGAUCAUCGGAGCGCAUACGUCGCUAGAAAACAUUUGAUCGAAUUUGCUUGACGCAGCAUACUAUUCCCAUACUAUUUAUUUAUUCUUUUAAGCCUCACGAAUUUUAUGGCGCAUAUCUGCCCAUAGAUUUCUAUUAAGCAUUAA